GGUCAAAUCACUCAAGUGUGCACUGUUAGUUGUGUAGGAUAGGUUAGAUCAGGUCAGGACUUUUGUUUUAUCCUCGAGUCUGUGACCACACUCAGAGAGGCUACACUGCACCACAGUCAUGGAUGAACCAGUCGGAAGGAUAACUGGAUGGCCGCUAAAAUUGAGAAUAAUAUUUAGCAGCAUCGGAAUAUUUGUAGGCGUUUCCGUGUUCAUAGUAUUUAGCACUCAUUAUAAAAACUACAAUACUGGAUUAUGGGCACUUGUGUCUGGUUUGGCAGCAGCCAUCGCUUUAGGUGUAACAAUAGCCUACCACAAGAGAGCGUGGGAUUCAAAUCCCAUGUGUUUGAAGUCAUUUAUGUUGCUGGGUUGUUUUAUACAAUUAGCUGGAGUUUGCGGCCUUGUGGCAUACCUAGUGUUGGGAAUAACUAAGCAAGAUGGUCUAGUCAUAUAUGGAACAGAUUAUUACUUGACAUGUGUUUGGUGUUUCAUGACAUGGAAGUGGGGGCUGGGGAUACUUCUUUACUCCAGGUCCUUUCUUAGAUCUUACACUGAAAGAGGAAGAUUACUCAACGAUGAUGCAGAAAUUGCCAAGAAAGCAUACAACGUCAGAUGAUAGCAAGUUGUCUCAUCUCCCCAAUUGUCAUCUCACACUUCAACAUUUACUAUUGAGAAAGUUGGUGUUCUCAAUUUACAGAUUACCUCAUGUUCUGUUCAAAUUUGCAAACAUUUUCUUUAUAGAGUAUUUAUUGUUUAUGCUAUUUAUUUAACUUGCAAGGAUCAAUAAAUUAUGACAGAAGCAUGAUAUGGUAAUGAAUUCAAAUUAUUUUGGAAGAGUGGGUUGCAUUUUACCGGUACCUAAUUUAUUUUUGUCAUUUCUGUGCAUUCAUGUUUUCCCUACCAGUACCAAUACAAGUGGCUUUCAAAAAAAAAAAAAUUGCUGCUGCUUUAUUACACAAUGUUAAUAAACUAGAAUUUAUAAGUGAAGCUAUAAAUAAAUACUUGAUUUAUAAAUAAACUUGUACUGGUGUUUUUGUUUAAUCCUUUAUUUAAUAACUUGAAGCAUUAUAUUCCAGAUAAGACAUUCAUCUGAGCGCAUAACUAUUACCAAAUGACAAAGUAAAUCAACUUUUUGGUUAAAAAUUACAGUAAAAACUUAAGUGGCACAUGAUUAUUCCUUUAUUGUACAAUACCUGUAGCCUAAUCAUUUAUCCACUAUAAAGAAAUACCCUUACUAUUUUUCAAGGUGUAUAUGUAAAUUUGUGCCACUAUAUAAUUCAUUAGUCAACGUGUUCUAAGAUUUGUUAUAACUUGUGGGAUAAAGAAUAGUGAUAUAGAUAAUAGAUUUCACUAAGACAUUAACCGGUAGCUAGAUGUUUUGGUUUGCAGACCAAGAAGAAAAAAAAAAACGGUUUUACUAAUGAAAAAAAAAAAAAGGGGGGGGGGGAGGAUUUUGUUUAACAAAGCUACUUGCAUCAUCUUCCCUAUUGAAUAAAAGGGGCAAGUUAACUUUUUUGUACAUAAAUGAACCUGUACUGAUUAAGUCUCUUGCAGCAUAAUCCAGCGGUUUUUAAUAUGGUAUUACAAUCACCACAAAACCAUUACUGCACCCUUUUUAGCAUGAAUCCAGAGACAUAAAAGGCUUUAAUUCCAAAAAUUAUCUUAUCAAACUAUUAAAAUUGGUUUGGAAUUAAGAUCUAGUAGAAAAUUGUUUUCUCACAAGACAGCAGGAAUGCCAAGAUAACCUACAUUAGCAUUCCUAGUAAAUGUUUUAUCAAUUUCAAUAAGGUCCAAAUGAUUGAGUUAAAGGUGUUUUAUUGAGUACCUGUAGUUGUAAACAAAAAAAUUCCUAUUAUUGUAAUUGUUUUGGAAAGCUGAUGUCCAGCAGUCCAAAUUUAAUGUAGACAACUUAGUAAAAUUUUAUUUAUUCUUAAGCUUGAUCUAAAAUAUAUAUAUAAAUCACAAUGCUCAUAUGAAAUAAACAAAACAUUUUGUCAAGGUAAAAACAUUUUAUUCCACAAACAUUUAUGCAUUAAAAAAACACAAGACAGACAACAUAAAAAUACAGUGGUGACAAAUUUUGAGAUGAAUGAAUAUCCCAGCCCAGAAUCCCCAAAUGAUAUGAAAUGACUGAAAGAAUGACAUGGUUGAAUGAUUAAUGACAAUGAUAAAUAUACUGAUGGAAUAUAAAAGCAAAACUUAAAAAUCUUAAUGCAGGCUUUUGUCUUACAAUAUUUUAAUAAUAACGCAGGCAUAACAUCUAACAAUACACUGGCUAAUCUAAUAUCAAGGCAGGCACAGUUUAAUGUCUAAUAGGAACAAUUUUCAUUCUAGCUAUGUAAACUAAUCUUGUGAACCCCUCUAAACCCUGUAUUUGUCUCCAAAUAAAUUAAGAGCCCUAUUUACUUAAAUGUGUCUUCCUUGACUUGUAUCUACAUUAUCUCAUAAUAGUAAGAACAUUUUAUAAAAAAAAAAAAAAAAAAAAAUAA